AUGCUGAAGAGGAGGGCUGCUACGCGCCGCAAGGACGCCCUGGGCGGCGCGUCCAUCUCCAGCUGGACCGACAUCACGAAGGCCGUCUCGUCGCCGAACAUGAUCGAGCGGAGGUUCAGCAACGGGGACACGUACAUCGGAGACUGGUCAGACGGCCAGCCGCAUGGAUCCGGAACGUACUCCUGGAAGGACGGAGCGAAGUACGUGGGCGACUGGCAUGAGGGGGAGAAGCACGGAGAGGGCGAAUACAUCUGGCCGAGCGGCGCUCGAUACAAGGGGGACUGGUGGCACGGAUGCAUGCACGGCGUGGGGACCUACACCACUCCAGGCGGCGGCGUGUACGAGGGCAGCUGGGCGCUGGACCUCAAGCACGGGCUCGGGAAGAAGGUGUUUGAGAACGGCGACGUGUACAGCGGGCUGUGGCGCGAGGGGCAGCCGCACGGCCCCGGCACGUACAAGUGGGCGUCUGGGAACGAGUACGCGGGGGACUGGGCGGGCGGGCAGAUGAACGGGUACGGGACGUACGUGUGGAGCACGGGGGAGAAGUACGACGGGGAGUGGCUGGACGGCAAGGAGCACGGGGAGGGGGUGUUUACACGCCCCGACGGGUCGCAGUUCGAGGGGCUGUGGUUCUACGGGCAGAAGCACGGGAUCGGGAUCUACCGCCCGCCGCCGGAGCACCGCUUCGAGAAGGACCCGCAGGAGCGCGCGGAGGGGAUCGAGGGCGUGGGGCGAGUGACGCGCGUGGCGCGGGCGUCGCGGGCGUCGCGGGCGUCCUCCGAGGACGAGGUGUCACAGGCCCACGGGAGCCCCGUCAGCCCGUCACGCCGGCGACGGAAGUCGGUGCACCACACCGUGGCGCCCACGCCGAAAGGCCGCGAACUGUCGCCGAGUGCGGAGCUAGCGGAGCGAUCCGCGAGCGACGCCGUGCCGUCCGCGGUGCGCGACCCGCCAGACGUGGACCUGACGACGGACGGGGGCGCGGCGCUGCGGCGCGGGCUCCACCGCACGACGCAGGCGGGCGGCCCCACGCUCGCGGGCGGUCGCGUCGUGGUGCGGCAGUACAACAUGGGCACGUUGCUGCACGAGCGGCAGAUGCCCGCGCGGUCGGUGCCCAAGGUGGUCAAGAUCCGCCGCAAGCACCGCCGGCAGGUGGCGCGGCAGAACGCGGGCGACGUGCCAACGCAGGGCAUUCAGAUCUACAAGGGCCACUCGUCGUGGUCGCUGAUGUGCUCGCUGAAGGUCGGCGUGCUGUACAGCGUGGGCGGCAACGUGCAGCAGCGCUUCGUGCCGCGCCUGGAGCCGCGGCACUUCACGGAGAAGACCAAGGUGCUGUUCCCGAAGCGCGGGUCCCAGGUGACGCCGCCGCACUCGGGCCAGGACUUCAAGUGGAAGGACUACGCCCCCGCGGUGUUCCAGAAGCUGCGCGAGUGCUUCGACAUCAACCCCUCGGACUACCUGGUGUCGCUGUGCGGCGCCGAGGCGCUCCGCGAGCUCCGCACGCCCGGCAAGUCCGGCUCGGUGUUCUUCCUCUCGUCCGACCUGCGCUACUUCGUCAAGACGGUGUCGGCGGUGGAGUACAGCCUGCUGAUGGAGAUGCUCCCGCAGUACACGGAGCACGUGCGGCACUACCCGAACACGCUCAUCUGCAAGUUCUUCGGCCUGCACUCGGUCAAGCCGGACGGCGGGAAGAAGGUGCGCUUUGUGGUCAUGGGCAACCUGUUCAACACCGACCUCAAGAUCCACACGCGGUACGACCUCAAGGGCUCCACGCACGGACGCUUCACGAAGAACCCCACCGCGACGUCCACCCUCAAAGAUCUCGACCUCACCGAGUCCUACGUCCUCGAACCACGAUGGCAAGAGCGGCUGCUGCACCAGCUGGAGCGGGACACGGAGUUCCUCGCGCGCAUGAACAUCAUGGACUACUCUCUCCUCCUCGGCGUCCACUCCGACGGCCCCCACUCCGGCGGCCCCCUGACGCUCAACCGCGUGUCCCCGCAAGGGUCGCUGCCCUCGGGCGUGGACCGCGGCACGAGCACGCGCGUGCCGUCCAUGACCGCCGCCUCCGUGGUGACCGGUGCCGGGGCAGAGAGGGACAUGCCGCGCACCACCGCCGGCACGUUCGAGCCACCCACGCCCGCGGGAAACCGGGAGGUCAUGCAGUCGUGGACGCGGCCGCGGCGCGACCCGUCGCUGGUGACGCGGCAUGGGCAGCCGAGCGAGAGCGACGUGCUGAGCCCCACGACGCCCACGCGCGGCCCCGCGGGGCGGGCGUCGUUGGAGUUCUCUCACACCAAGACUAUGGCUGCGCAGGCCCAGGAGCUCCCGCUGUGGCCGGGGGACCCCAUGCACUGGUCGCUCGCGGACGCGACGAACGAGGAGGACCUGGCGCGGCUGCUCGACGACAUCGGGUUCCACCGGUGGCGGAAGAAGAAGGGUCUGUGGAACAAAAUGCGGCGCAACUACCAGGUGCAGCGGCUGCCGCAGGGUGCGACGGCCGUGCCCGCGCAGGCGAACGGCCCCGUCUCGGGGAAGGUCGGGGACCGCGCGACGCGGACGGGCGGCGAGGACACGCGGCACAGCGCGCUCCAGGGCACGACGGCGGCGCGGCAGUCGAUGCUGGACUCGCGGUCGAAGAAGAUGCUGAUGCCCGCGGCGCAGCAGGACGCGCCCGCGGUGCGGCCGAACGGCCCGCGGAACGAGUACGCGGACGGGGACGUGUUUUUGCCGCGCGGGGAGAUGCUGGCCACGGACAUGCUCAACUUGGACCUGGGGUACACGUCGGUGCGGCUCGGGAACAACAUGACGGCGGUCGCGGUGGACGCCAAGGGCGCGGUGCUCGGGCCCGUCGUGCUGUACAUGGGCGUGAUCGACAUUCUCCAGACGUACAGGACGCGGAAGAAGCUCGAGCACCUGUUCAAGAGCAUGGUGUCGGACGGGAACAAGAUCAGCGUCAUCCACCCGCGGAAGUACGCCAAGCGCUUCAUGGAGUCGAUGCGCAAGACCUUCCCUGUGUCCAUCCCGGGCGUGCAGGCCCCCCUCAUGCCGAUGGACACCCUCCUCACGCAGGGGUCCAUCGCGCUGCACUCGCGCUUCACAGCGGCCGCCGCGUCGCCAGGCGCCAACGGCGCGCCAGUGGGCUUCCAGACCGUCGCGGGGACGGUUCAGAAGGACGCGCGCGAGUCCUCUGGGGCCUCGCACUUGCAGGACCUCGACGAGUCGCAGGACGAGACGCAGACCCCGCAAAAGCCGGAGACGCAGCGGGGGCGCCGCAGCCCCGCGCUCGCGAUAGAGCUGCCGGGGGGCGGCGCCGGGAACAAGCAGGCCCUGCGCGCGGUGUAG